AUGUCGUCUCCAGAUCCAAGCAUAGGAAGUCCGGGGCCAGCUCAACCUGCGGAUUUCAAUGAGGCCUCGAUGGAAAUCUCCAGACUCAAAGCCCAGAACUUAGAGCUACAAGAUAAGCUAGACCAUUGUCGAGCAAAAAUAAUGCAGCUCCAAGAAGACGUCGAAAUUAUCACAGAUGCGGAAAUCAAACAGAAGUUUGAAAGGCUUUGCUCUACCAUCCAGGAAUGGGUUGCAAAAGUUGAGCUCGACCUGAUGCGACAAAGCCCGGGGUUUCGAAAGGAAUUCCAAAGAAAUUUAGAGAGUGAGACAGACGACAGCCUAGUCUCGAUGCUUCAUCUACCCCACAUGCAAGCGGGUAAAGGCAGUAGAAAGAGAAAAGAGAAAUCAAGAUCCAAGAGUUUCGGGCUCGCCAAAGAGCUAGCGGAGCUUGACAUUUGUUUCAACUAUGUGCUAUCCCGGUUCAUAUGGUGGAAUUUGGAGAUGUCGAUAUUUAACUUCGAAUACCCAUUCGGAAUGCAUCACGAGAUAAGAACUGCGCUUGAGUACACAACAAUGGCCAUUGAAGGCGAUGCCGAUGGAGCUUCUAGCUUAGGUUCGUAA